GUAGCGUGCUGUCGUGAGCUGCACCAUGUAGCAAUAACAUGGCCGCUGACGAAGCUGGCAAUGUCUUGUCUUCCGCGACGCUCAAGCCGUCCUUGAAUCUGAAUCCCAUGGAUGUGCCUCACAACGAAAGCUCAGAGAACGUAAAGAUCAAGGCCAAACGCGAGCGUAUUCUCUCAGCCUGUGAGACUAAGAACCUCGACUUGCUCAUCGAGCUGGCCUCGGAGGACGGUGGCUUCUUAAGUGACGAUAUACGGCAGAAGGCUUGGCCAAUACUUCUCGGUUCGGAUCAUGUCUCGACAGCAGCGGAGACAGAAGCGCCGUGGGAAACCCUCCCUCCCCAUCGCGACGAGGAACAAGUUCGACUAGAUGUUCACAGAUCCUUCAUAUACUAUCCUAGUAACGAGACGGACAAACAGCUCGAUGCUCGGCGUGUAGAUCUCGAGGCUCUCAUCGUGUCCACUCUGCGCCGCCAUCCCUCGUUAUGCUACUUUCAAGGCUACCACGACAUCUGCCAGGUGUUUCUCUUAGUGAACGGCCUCCCUUCUUGCUACUCGCUUGUCCGCCGUCUCUCUAUGCUGCGCAUUCGAGAUUUCAUGCUGCCCAAGCUUUCGGCCUCGGUAUCGCAUCUGCGGCUGCUUCCUGCAAUUCUAUACGCUGCGGAUAGGCCAAUCUACGCUAUCCUGCCCGCGAAUCCGUUCUACGGGCUUUCGCACGUCCUGACCCUCUACGCGCAUGACAUCCAUUCAUACAGCGAUAUAGCUCGCUUGUUUGACUUCCUUCUCGCACGCGAAGCGGUGAUGAGCAUCUAUCUAUUCGCGGUGAUAAUAAUUUCAAAAAGAGAGAUGCUCUUGGAGUACAUGGCCGAUGAACCCGACGAGAACAUUCUAGCGGUGGUGUUACAGAAGUUGCCGCAAGAUAUUGAUAUUGAGGGUAUGAUUUGCCAGGCAAUCAAACUUUACGAGCAGUUUCCCCCGGCAAGCCUACCGUUCAAGACGUGGAAGAUGGUGUCAGACAACAGCGUGCUGAAAACAACAAUAGACCGGAAGGCAUUGCGCGACCAGACCUUGCAAGAGGGACAGGUCUGGUUUGACAAUCAUGCGGAGGAGAUCCGCAGAGAGGAAUUUAGGGCGAAAGUGGUAAUGACCCUAAAGAACAAACUGUCCAAGUACCGGCGGCCGGCUCUAUUCACGUUGUCCGUUGCCGUGUGCGCUUUGGCGCUAUGGGCCGGUAAGAACAAAAGCUCUCCCUUUGGUGGGCUCGUGAAUAGGAUGUGGGAUGUCUCAACCCUCGGAAAAUACAUCGACUUUGUUGGUCGAUAUAGAGAAUUGUGACAGAAAUGACUGCAUCAGGAGGGUGUUUAGAACAUUUGUCUUUCGAGAAUCAUCAGAAGAUUCUGAACAUAAACAUAUAUAGGCAUAGAGAUACCAAUCAAGCCAGCUAGACGCGGUUUAUAACGGUAAAUAUUAACUGAUGAAUACUACUGAAAGUACUGUCCAA